AUGGCGAGUCAAAGGAUACCCGAACACAAGACUUUUAGUAAUCAGCAUAAAUUGCCAAAACUUCCAGUUCCAAGUUUGGAAGAGACGAUUGCAAAAUACUUGAAAUCCCUUCGCCCUUUACUUUCCGACGCUGACUUUGCUCGUAAUGAGUCUUAUGCCAAGGAUUUUCUCAAGCCUAAUGGUUUAGGUAAAGUUCUACAACAAAGACUAUUGGAUGUUGAUAGAAUUGCGCCUCAUAAUUGGCUUGAUGAUACCUGGUGGAUUAAAAAAGCGUAUCUUGAAUGGAGGGUAUCUUUGGCCGUUAAUUCAAAUUGGUAUUUCUUGUUCAUCGACGACGCAAACACACCACGUGAAUACUUUACAGCAAACAAUGGUAUUCGUUCAAGGGGAAAAUUUUCUGAAUUUCAAAUUAAAAGAUCGGCGCAUCUCAUUGGUAAAAUGUUGGAGUAUAAGGAUUUGUUAGACAGUGAACGGAUUCCACCUGAUGUUACACGCGCUUAUCCCUUGUGUAUGCACCAAUAUACACGUCUCUAUGGAUACACUCGAAUUCCACAGCACAGUUGUGAUGCCCUACCAUUCACACCACAUCCGGUUGUGUCUAGACACGUCCUUGUUAUGGUAAGGGAUCAAUUCUAUAUUUUGGAAGGCUAUGACAAGAGCGGCUUACGAUUGAGUGAUGGCGAUUAUGAGAGGCAACUUUGGGACAUUGUUUCCGAUGUUGAAAAGGCACAACUCGAUCCCCCGGUUGGUGUUCUUACUGCUGACGAUCGUGAUUCAUGGACUGUGGCACGCGAACGCCUACUCUCUAUUUCUCCACAAAACCGCGAGACCCUGACCUUGAUCGAGAAUGCAUUAUUUGCUAUCAGUUUAGAUGACUAUGCAACCGGAAUGGAUCUAGAUAAAUGGGUGUGCAACGUUUUCUAUGGUUUGAAUUGUCACAACAGAUGGUUUGACAAGGCAAUGUCUAUUGUGGUGGAAAGCAAUGGACGCGCCGGAAUGAACGGGGAGCACUCGCCAUGUGACGCACUAAUACCUUCAUUCAUCACCAAUUACAUUGUUCAAGAACCUACAUCUCUUAAUGCCCAGCUAUCUGGUCG